CUUCCCCUCGAAACGAAAAUCCUUUGCAGCGCUAGAAAGAGGAUUUGUCUUUAUUUGAUACAGAUUUUAUGUGCAUUUUAGAGAGGGGGGAGGCGGGAGAAAGAGAGGGAGAGACGUCCGGCGGGCAGCCGUCUGGGUCCCGGCCGCGUUUCGGAGUGAAUUACCGGUCUCGCUCUUUACUUCCUUUUCUCCGCCCGGGCCUUGUAAAACCGUAAGGGAUUUCCUUUCUAGCUCGGCGCGCAGCCGGGUCCAGCGGGAAGCUGUGCCGGACGUGAUGGUGUCACACGCCGCGGCGCGCUGCCCAACGGGGCGGCCGGGGAGGGGGCGGGCCUGUACGAACCAGGACAGUUCCUCCCGCAACCCACAGACCCGGGUUCAGAAGCAGCGCGAUUUUUCCAGGCGCUACACCCAGGUCCCUGGAGCCGCGCAGCCGGGAGGGAGACACAUGGCCUUGCCGUCUGCUCCCUUAUCGCUGUCGCUGCUGCUGCUGCCGCUGCCGCUGCCGCCGCUGCUCGCGAAGCAGACGGGGACCGCCCCCGCCCACCGGACUUUCCAGCGGAGCCCGGUGCGCCCCGGCCCCACCGACAGCAGCGGGCCCCACGAGUACUGGUCCCCAGGCCACUGCUGCCUGCUCUGCCCCGCGGGGGAGCAUGUCCGUGAACCCUGCAGCCGCCCCCACACCCGGGGACAGUGCGACAAGUGUGACCCAGGCACGUUCACGGCGUUCCCCAACGGCCUGGGGUCCUGCCUGCUGUGUGGCACCUGCUCCCAGGACCAAGACGAGGCGGCCGAGUGCACUGCCACCAGCAACACCAGGUGCCAGUGCCGACCAGGCCGUUUCUACAAAGCCCCUGGCGACGAGGAAUUCUGCACGAGGUGUAGUGUCCCUGAGGGGACAGUGGUCCUGCAGCAGUGCAACUCCACGGCGGACACGGUGUGCGGCCCGCCCGGUCCAGAGGGCAGACGCCGGCUCUGGUUGGUCGGGAGCUUUAUGAUCUUGUCCGCGGUUCUUCUGGGCAUCACCAUCAGCACUGCCUGCACGAAGAAGCCAAAAGACGGAGGAUUCCAGCCCGUGUGCAGCAGGCCCUCCAGCAGCGCGUGCUCAGAGUUGGAGUCCCUGGAGGAGAGACCCCGGGAUGGAGGAGAAAGCCUGGGCCCUGAGAGCCCAGUGUGCUGCGGGCCAUCGCAUGGGACCCGAGAGGCAGACCCUCCGGGCCCCACGACAGGAGACCACAGCCGGUCUGCAGGCAGCUUGGACUUGGCAAGCCCGGAGCCCAGGACGCCGAGAUGACGGUGCCAGAGGCUCAGGGACCAUCCUGCCACCGGCCUCCGCGGCGAGGUCGCGGUCGUGUGAGCUUAGAGCCCCAGCUACUGCAAAGUGACCUCAGCUCCCGCAGAUGACACCUGCAAAGGCCCCAAUUCCAAAUACAGCCACAGUCGGAGGUUUCCGUGGACGUGGGUUUGAGGGGCACUCUUCAGCCCAGUGCAGGGGUCUGUGGACCCUGCUGAAAGAAGAAACACAGCUACCAGGAAAGCCUCCUGGGGG